AUGUCGGCAUGGGACUAUCAGGUUCAGGAUUAGGUUAAACCUUAGGGAUAAAGUAAGAAGAUGAUAAAAACUUCUUAUCCUUAGCUAGUACUCUCCUGAUCAUCGGAGUCCAACUCCCCACCUCCUCUGCCGCUGUUUCUGCUAGCUGAGCCCCUAACAUGGACAUAAACUGAAAGAAUCCGUGGCACGCCGGUGGUAGCCUGCCGUGCCGUCAUACAUGCUUUUAUUGGGAUAAUGUGCCAUAGCGUCACCCCUGCCUGGGUGCAAUGCUCUUCUGUUACACAUGAGCUCUACUAUGUGGUACAUCAUGCAAAGCAUUCAGAGUAAAUAUUCCCUGUCUGAGCGGCUCAUCCGAACAAUUGCAGCCAUUCGCUCAUUCCCGCACGACAAUGUGGAGGAUCUUAUCCGUAAGGGUGCUGAUGUGAAUCGGAUGCAUGGCACUCUCAAACCCCUGCACUGUGCCUGUAUGGUUGCUGAUGCUGACUGUGUGGAGCUGCUGCUGGAGAAGGGGGCAGAGGUAAAUGCUUUGGAUGGCUAUAAUCGUACAGCACUGCACUAUGCAGCAGAGAAGGAUGAGAGCUGUGUGGAGCUGCUGUUGGAAUAUGGAGCCCAGCCAAAUGCCCUGGAUGGCAAUAAAGACACUCCUCUUCACUGGGCCGCCUUCAAAGAUAAUCCUGAGUGUGUAAGGGCCCUGCUGGAGAGCGGGGCCUGUCCCAAUGCCCGUGACUAUAACAAUGACACACCUCUUAGCUGGGCAGCAAUGAAAGGCAACCUUGAAAGUGUCAAAGUGCUAUUAGACUAUGGAGCGCAGGUCCAUGUAACUAACCUGAAGGGCCAGACCCCUAUCUCCCGGCUGGUGGCCCUGUUGGCCCGAGGCCUGGGCACCGAACAAGAGGAAGAGUGUUUGGAGCUACUGUGUCGAGCAGCAGGGAGGUUUGAGAUUCGACGGGCCGACGGCACCCUUCCCAGGGAGCUGAGUAAAGAUCCCCAGCUGCUGGCGAGGCUGACCAACAUGGUGGCUCAGGCGCCCACGCUUCGCUCUCUGGCACGCUGUGCAGUACGGCAAAGUCUCGGAGUGCAAUUCCUCCCCACGGCUGUCAAAGAGCUUCCUUUACCAGAGACUAUCAAAGACUAUCUGCUGUUGAGAGACUGAAAAUGAAGCUGUUUCUUCAGACCUCACUGGCUCAUUAUUAAAGAGCUCAUCACACUGCAUUGCACACUGCAAGGAAGUGUCUCCACGGUAUUAAAGAGUUGUCCAACCUUUCUGCAAUUUAUUACAAUAUAUGUGAUAGGAGGAAUGAUGAACUUAAUGUAUUUUUCUUUACAAAAAAUCUAAAUAAGCAGUGAGUGAACUGCAGAUGAAUAUAUUUUCAUUUGUAGAAUCAAGUUGGCACCAGUGCAUUCUCCUCAUGCGUUGAGUAUCUCAAAGCCUGUUUUAAGGAAAUCUUUCCCACUUUCUUUGCAGAAAGAAAGUAUAACAUCAGGUUUAUUCAGCUCCAUCAUAGUAACGGUGUAUGUAUGUGCAUCUAAUCAUCCAGCUGUUUUGGUUCAUGAAUAGUCAGAAAUUAAAGUUAUUAUCUUGCCUGCUAAAUUCACAGGAAGUAUGAAUGUUACUUUUUAAAAUGUAAAUAUAAUUUAAAAGAGUUUGCCACAGACAAUGAGGAAAGUCAUAAAUUACAGAAUGAGUAUAUGCUCGUUAUACCUUUUUAGAGUGAAACAAACAGUUGAUGAAUGAGCACUCAUGUCCUGUAUUUGUAAUAGAGUGUGUCGUGUGAAGGUGGUUUAUAUGUUGGCGUUGGAGUGGUCAUCUUUCUCUCUGACACCCUGAAGAGCUCAUGCUGCAGUCAUUUUUGAUAUACCAAUAGAAGUAAACACAUCAGAUUUAAAGAAAGCAGAGUGUGGGGGUUAACACAGCAAGAACGUCCUGGAUCACUGGAUGGCUGGUGUGAAGUUUUCAUGUUCUCCCCAUGCCUGCGUGGGUUUUCUCUGGGUUACUCCAGGUUACUCCCACGCUCUGAGAACAUGCAUGUUAGGUUAACUAGAGAAUUGGCUGUGAGUGUUCGUUUUUCUCUGUGUUAGCUCUGUGGCAGACUGGCGGCCUGUUGGGGUUGCACCGUUCUUUUUGUCCUGUGACUGCUGGGAUGGAUAGCCCCACCCCACCAAAAAAAAAAGUGAGGCUCAAAAAUGGAUAGAAGAAAACACUUGAGCAGAUUAGAAAUUAUGCCAGAUGGCAGCAGUUUUAUUUAUGUCGAUGCAGCAGAAGGUUGGUAACUAUUACUGGUUUCACAUGAUGUGCCAGGCACACUAACUUUGCCUCCAUAGUCUUUGGAAGUUCUUCUGCUCUGAUAGCAAGUCUGCAGUCUUGUGAUUUAGUAUUUAUUUGGUCUAUAUUUUAAUAAAAUGAAAUAAAAAGUUGCAGUUCCAGUUGCCAAUAAGGAAUAAAGUUGUUGUUUUUUGUUUUGUUUUUAUUAUCAGUGGAAGUUUUCAGUCUUAACUUGCAAAAGUUUGUGUUUCAAGGGUGCUCGCUGGUCCAACAUUUUGCAGGAUAUUUGAAAGUGACUUUAUUUUAAAUUGUUACGUAUUAGGACCAUGAUAUGGCAUGAUGACUAAGUUUGUGUCUUUGAAGGAUUCACUAACUUGCAAUUUGUUAAAGCACUUGUCUACAAUCUGACAAUUUCUGUGCUUGAUUAUGUUUGCCUUUCUACAAAUGUGUAAAAGUUAACCUCUAGAUCAUGUCUUGUGUACACCAGCAAAGGUGCUUUUUUUCUUCUUUGUAAACAUACUGCAAGUAAAUGCCUUUAUAUUCCAGCUCACUCUUUUCUCUCUGCUCUUCACAAAAAUCACACAUUGAUAGCUCAUAUAUAUCAAGUCACAAUUAAUUACAUCUAAUAGAGAAUACUUGAUGUCUAUACCUGUUAUUGACUGUGCUGUGAUUGUUUUACAAUAUGCAUAUACAACACAGGUUAUAUCUAAUAACAAACUGUUACAGUAAGCACUGUCACUGAUGACCAAACAUUCACAGUGACAGCGUUUUAAAACACGAGCCAUGAUGUUUUUUUUAAACUUUGUUCCUGCUUCUGGCAUGUCAAAUAUCUUUCAUUAAAGAGACCAUAUACCAAG